AUGUCCCAAAAUAAACUGGACAUUAUAAAUGUGGUGAAGCUGCUGAAUAGUCCACAGGAGAGUGGAGGUGACGACCGUGGUUCUACCGAGGACAAUUCCAAUGAGAAACCGCGAAAGAAACAAAAAGAAGUAAAAAAGAAAGGCCGCGAGUACAGUUCAAGUGAAAAUAAAAACAAUUCCAAUGAGAAACCGCGAAAGAAACAAAAAGAAGUAAAAAAGAAAGGCCGCGAGUACAGUUCAAGUGAAAAUAAAAACAAUUCCAAUGAGAAACCGCGAAAGAAACAAAAAGAAGUAAAAAAGAAAGGCCGCGAGUACAGUUCAAGUGAAAAUAAAAUAUCCAUCGGUCUUGGGGGUAUCGUUGAGAAUGAAUUUGAUGGAUUUGGUUUCCUGUUAUCCAAACAUCAUGGUAACGAUGACUGUUCCGAUGAAAACGGAUACUGGGACGAUGAUACUGAUGAAAACACAGUUGGAUUUAGAAAGGGUGCAGGUUCAGGAGCUGGUCAAAGUAAUGGCAAAGGAUCUGGGACUGGUUUAGGAUAUGGUCAAGGAAAUGGCGGAGGAUCAGGUUAUGGACAAGGAUCAGGUGCAGGCGCAGGAUCUGGUGCAGGAGCAGGAUCAGGUGCUGGUUCUGGAAAAGGGUAUGGACAAGGAUCAGGUGCAGGCGCAGGUGCAGGUGCUGGUUCUGGACAAGGUCAAGGAAGUGGCGCAGGAUCAGGUGCUGGUUUUGGAUAUGGUCAAGGAAAUGGCGGAGGAACAGGGUAUGGACAAGGAUCAGGUGCAGGCGCAGGUGCAGGUGCUGGUUCUGGACAAGGUCAAGGAAGUGGCGCAGGAUCAGGUUCUGGUUUUGGAUAUGGUCAAGGAAAUGGCGGAGGAUCAGGUUAUGGACAAGGAUCAGGUGCAGGCGCAGGAUCUGGUGCAGGAGCAGGAUCAGGUGCUGGUUCUGGAAAAGGUCAAGGAAGUGGCGCAGGAUCAGGUGCAGGCGCAGGUGCAGGUGCUGGUUCUGGACAAGGUCAAGGAAGUGGCGCAGGAUCAGGUUCUGGUUUUGGAUAUGGUCAAGGAAAUGGCGGAGGAUCAGGUUAUGGACAAGGAUCAGGUGCAGGCGCAGGAUCUGGUGCAGGAGCAGGAUCAGGUGCUGGUUCUGGAAAAGGUCAAGGAAGUGGCGCAGGAUCAGGUGCAGGCGCAGGUGCAGGUGCUGGUUCUGGACAAGGUCAAGGAAGUGGCGCAGGAUCAGGUGCUGGUUUUGGAUAUGGUCAAGGAAAUGGCGGAGGAACAGGGUAUGGACAAGGAUCAGGUGCAGGCGCAGGUGCAGGUGCUGGUUCUGGACAAGGUCAAGGAAGUGGCGCAGGAUCAGGUGCUGGUUUUGGACAAGGUCAAGGAAGUGGCACAGGAUCAGGUGCAGGCACAGGUGCAGGUGCUGGUUUUGGAUAUGGUCAAGGAAAUGGCGGAGGAUCAGGUUAUGGACAAGGAUCAGGUUAUGGACAAGGAUCAGGUGCAGGCGUAGGAUCUGGUGCAGGCGCAGGUGCAGGUGCUGGUUCUGGACAAGGUCAAGGAAGUGGCGCAGGAUCAGGUGCUGGUUUUGGAUAUGGUCAAGGAAAUGGCGGAGGAUCAGGUUAUGGACAAGGAUCAGGUGCAGGCGUAGGUUCUGGUGCAGGCGCAGGUUCAGGUGCUGGUUCUGGACAAGGUCAAGGAAGUGGCGCAGGAUCAGGUUCAGGCGCAGGUGCAGGUGCUGGUUCUGCUUCUGGGAAAGGUCAAGGAAGUGGCACAGGAUCAGGAGCAGGUGCUGCUUCUGGAAAAGGUCAAGGAAGUGGCGCAGGAUCAGGUUAUGGACAAGGAUUAGGUGCAGGCACAGGAUCUGGUGCAGGAGCAGGAUCAGGUGCUGCUUCUGGAAAAGGUCAAGGAAGUGGCGCAGGAUCAGGUGCAGGCGCAGGUGCUGGUUCUGGACAAGGUCAAGGAAGUGGCUCAGGAUUAGGUGCAGGCGCAGGUGCUGGUGCUGGUUCUGGACAAGGUCAAGGAAGUGGCGCAGUAUCAGGUGCAGGUGCUGCUUCUGGAAAAGGUCAAGGAAGUGGUGCAGGAUUAGGUGCAGGCGCAGGUGCAGGUUCUGGUCAAGGAUCAGGUUAUGGACAAGGAUCAGGUUAUGGACAAGGAUCAGGUUAUGGACAAGGAUCAGGUGCAGGAGCAGGAUCAGGUGCUGCUUCUGGAAAAGGUCAAGGAAGUGGCUCAGGAUCAGGUGCAGGUGCUGGUUCUGGACAAGGUCAAGGAAGUGGCGCAGGAUCAGGUGCAGGAGCUGGUUCUGGACAAGGUCAAGGAAGUGGCGCAGGAUCAGGAGCAGGCGCAGGUGCAGGUGCUGGUUCUGGACAAGGUCAAGGAAGUGGCGCAGGAUCAGGUGCAGGAGCUGGUUCUGGACAAGGUCAAGGAAGUGGCUCAGGAGCAGGAUCAGGUGCUGGUUCUGGAAAAGGUCAAGGAAGUGGCGCAGGAUCAGGUGCAGGCGCAGGUGCAGGUGCUGGUUUUGGAUAUGGUCAAGGAAAUGGCGGAGGAUCAGGUUAUGGACAAGGAUCAGGUGCAGGCGUAGGAUCUGGUGCAGGAGCAGGAUCAGGUGCUGCUUCUGGAAAAGGUCAAGGAAGUGGCUCAGGAUCAGGUGCAGGUGCUGGUUCUGGACAAGGUCAAGGAAGUGGCGCAGGAUCAGGUGCAGGAGCUGGUUCUGGACAAGGUCAAGGAAGUGGCGCAGGAUCAGGAGCAGGCGCAGGUGCAGGUGCUGGUUCUGGACAAGGUCAAGGAAGUGGCGCAGGAUCAGGUGCAGGCGCAGGUGCAGGUGCUGGUUUUGGAUAUGGUCAAGGAAAUGGCGGAGGAUCAGGUUAUGGACAAGGAUCAGGUUAUGGACAAGGAUCAGGUGCAGGCGUAGGAUCUGGUGCAGGCGCAGGUGCAGGUGCUGCUUCUGGAAAAGGUCAAGGAAGUGGCGCAGGAUCAGGUUAUGGACAAGGAUCAGGUGCAGGCGCAGGUGCAGGUGCUGGUUCUGGACAAGGUCAAGGAAGUGGCGCAGGAUCAGGUGCAGGCGCAGGAUCUGGUGCAGGAGCAGGAUCAGGUGCUGGUUCUGGAAAAGGUCAAGGAAGUGGCGCAGGAUCAGGUGCAGGUGCAGGUGCUGGUUCUGGACAAGGUCAAGGAAGUGGCGCAGGAUCAGGUGCAGGAGCUGGUUCUGGACAAGGUCAAGGAAGUGGCGCAGGAUCAGGUGCAGGCGCAGGAUCAGGUGUUGGUUUUGGAUAUGGUCAAGGUAAUGGCGGAGGAUCAGGUUAUGGACAAGGAUCAGGUGCAGGCGUAGGAUCUGGUGCAGGCGCAGGUGCAGGUGCUGGUUCUGGACAAGGUCAAGGAAGUGGCGCAGGAUCAGGUGCUGGUAUUGGAUAUGGUCAAGGAAAUGGCGGAGGAUCAGGUUAUGUACAAGGAUCAGGUUAUGGACAAGGAUCAGGUGCAGGCGUAGGAUCUGGUGCAGGCGCAGGUGCAGGUGCUGGUUCUGGACAAGGUCAAGGAAGUGGCGCAGGAUCAGGUGCUGGUUUUGGAUAUGGUCAAGGAAAUGGCGGAGGAUCAGGUUAUGGACAAGGAUCAGGUGCAGGCGUAGGAUCUGGUACAGGCGCAGGUGCAGGUGCUGGUUCUGGACAAGGUCAAGGAAGUGGCGCAGGAUCAGGUGCAGGCGCAGGUGCAGGCGCAGGUGCUGGUUCUGGACAAGGUCAAGGAAGUGGCGCAAAAUCAGGUGCAGGCGCAGGGUCUGGUUUUGGAUAUGGUCAAGGAAGUGGCACAGGAUCAGGUGCAGGCGCAGGUGCAGGUGUUGCUUCUGGAAAAGGUCAAGGAAGUGGCGCAGGAUCAGGUGCAGGUGCUGGUUCUGGACAAGGUCAAGGAAAUGGCGGAGGAUCAGGUUAUGGACAAGGAUCAGGUGCAGGCGUAGGAUCUGGUGCAGGCGCAGGUGCAGGUGCUGGUUCUGGACAAGGUCAAGGAAGUGGCGCAGGAUCAGGUGCAGGCGCAGGAUCAGGUGCAGGCGCAGGAUCAGGUGCUGGUUUUGGAUAUGGUCAAGAAAAUGGCGGAGGAUCAGGUUAUGGACAAGGAUCAGGUUAUGGACAAGGAUCAGGUGCAGGCGUAGGAUCUGGUGCAGGCGCAGGUGCAGGUGCUGGUUCUGGACAAGGUCAAGGAAGUGGCGCAGGAUCAGGUGCUGGUAUUGGAUAUGGUCAAGGAAAUGGCGGAGGAUCAGGUUAUGUACAAGGAUCAGGUUAUGGACAAGGAUCAGGUGCAGGCGUAGGAUCUGGUGCAGGCGCAGGUGCAGGCGCAGGAUCAGGUGCUGGUUUUGGAUAUGGACAAGGAUCAGGUGCAGGCGCAGGAUCUGGUGCAGGAGCAGGAUCAGGUGCUGGUUCUGGAAAAGGUCAAGGAAAUGGCGGAGGAUCAGGUUAUGGACAAGGAUCAGGUGCAGGCGUAGGAUCUGGUGCAGGCGCAGGUGCAGGUGCUGGUUCUGGACAAGGUCAAGGAAGUGGCGCAGGAUCAGGUGCAGGCGCAGGAUCAGGUGCUGGUUUUGGAUAUGGUCAAGAAAAUGGCGGAGGAUCAGGUUAUGGACAAGGAUCAGGUUAUGGACAAGGAUCAGGUGCAGGCGUAGGAUCUGGUGCAGGCGCAGGUGCAGGUGCUGGAUCUGGACAAGGUCAAGGAAGUGGCGCAGGAUCAGGUGCAGGCGCAGGAUCAGGUGCUGGUUUUGGAUAUGGUCAAGGAAAUGGCGAAGGAUCAGGUUCAGGCGCAGGUGCAGGUGCUGGUUCUGCUUCUGGGAAAGGUCAAGGAAGUGGCACAGGAUCAGGUGCAGGUGCUGCUUCUGGAAAAGGUCAAGGAAGUGGCGCAGUAUCAGGUUAUGGACAAGGAUCAGGUGCAGGCACAGGAUCUGGUGCAGGAGCAGGAUCAGGUGCUGCUUCUGGAAAAGGUCAAGGAAGUGGCGCAGGAUCAGGUGCAGGCGCAGGUGCAGGUGCUGGUUCUGGACAAGGUCAAGGAAAUGGAUCAGGUGCAGGCGCAGGUGCAGGUGCUGGUUCUGGACAAGGUCAAGGAAGUGGCGCAGGAUCAGGUGCAGGUGCUGCUUCUGGAAAAGGUCAAGGAAGUGGCGCAGGAUUAGGUGCAGGCGCAGGUGCAGGUGCUGGUCUAGGAUCUGGUUAUGGACAAGGAUCAGGUUAUGAAAAAGGAUCAGGUGCAGGCGCAGGUGCAGGUGCUGCUACUGGAAAAGGUCAAGGAAGUGGCGCAGGAUCAGGUGCAGGUGCUGGUUCUGGACAAGGUCAAGGAAAUGGCGCAGGAUCAGGUGCAGGCGCAGGAUCAGGUGCUGGUUUUGGAUAUGGUCAAGGAAAUGGCGGAGGAUCAGGUUAUGGACAAGGAUCAGGCGCAGGAACAGGUGCAGGUGCUGGUUCUGGACAAGGUCAAGGAAGUGGCGCAGGAUCAGGUGCAGGUGCUGCUUCUGGAAAAGGUCAAGGAAGUGGCGCAGGAUCAGGUGCAGGCGCAGGAUCAGGUGCUGGUUUUGGAUAUGGUCAAGGAAAUGGCGGAGGAUCAGGUUAUGGACAAGGAUCAGGUUAUGGACAAGGAUCAGGUGCAGGCGUAGGAUCUGGUGCAGGCGCAGGUGCAGGUGCUGGUUCUGGACAAGGUCAAGGAAGUGGCGCAGGAUCAGGUGCAGGCGCAGGUGCAGGUGCUGGUUCUGUUUCUGGGAAAGGUCAAGGAAGUGGCACAGGAUCAGGAUAUGGACAAGGAUCAGGUGCAGGCGCAGGAUCAGGUGCUGGCGCAGGAUCAGGUGCUGGUUUUGGAUAUGGUCAAGGAAAUGGCGGAGGAUCAGGUUAUGGACAAGGAUCAGGCGCAGGAACAGGUGCAGGUGCUGGUUCUGGACAAGGUCAAGGAAGUGGCGCAGGAUCAGGUGCAGGUGCUGCUUCUGGAAAAGGUCAAGGAAGUGGCGCAGGAUCAGGUGCAGGCGCAGGAUCAGGUGCUGGUUUUGGAUAUGGUCAAGGAAAUGGCGGAGGAUCAGGUUAUGGACAAGGAUCAGGUUAUGGACAAGGAUCAGGUGCAGGCGUAGGAUCUGGUGCAGGCGCAGGUGCAGGUGCUGGUUCUGGACAAGGUCAAGGAAGUGGCGCAGGAUCAGGUGCAGGCGCAGGUGCAGGUGCUGGUUCUGUUUCUGGGAAAGGUCAAGGAAGUGGCACAGGAUCAGGAUAUGGACAAGGAUCAGGUGCAGGCGCAGGAUCAGGUGUAGGAUCUGGUACAGGCGCAGGUGCAGGAAGUGGCACAGGAUCAGGUGCAGGUGCUGGUUCUGGACAAGGUCAAGGAAGUGGCUCAGGAUCAGGUGCAGGCGCAGGUUCUGGACAAGGUCAAGGAAAUGGCGGAGGAUCUGGCGCAGGAACAGGUGCAGGUGCUGGUUCUGGACAAGGUCAAGGAAGUGGCGCAGGAUCUAGCGCAGGAACAGGUGCAGGUGCUGGUUCUGGACAAGUUCAAGGAAGUGGCGCAGGAUCAGGUGCAGGCGCAGGUGCUGGUUUUGGAUAUGGUCAAGGAAGUGGCACAGGAUCAGGUACAGGCGCAGGUGCAGGUGCUGGUUCUGGACAAGGUCAAGGAAGUGGCUCAGGAUCAGGUGCAGGCGCAGGUGCAGGUGCUGGUUCUGGAUAUGGUCAAGGAAAUGGAGGAGGAUCAGGUGCAGGCGCAGAGUCUGGUGCAGGAGCAGGAUCAGGUGUUGCUUCUGGAAAAGGUCAAGGAAGUGGCGCAGGAUCAGGUGCAGGUGCUGGUUCUGGACAAGGUCAAGGAAAUGGCGGAGGAUCAGGUUAUGGACAAGGAUCUGGUGCAAGCGCAGGUGCAGGUGCUGGUUCUGGACAAGGUCAAGGAAGUGGCGCAGGAUCAGGUGCAGGCGCAGGAUCAGGUGCUGGUUUUGGAUAUGGUCAAGGAAAUGGAGGAGGAUCAGGUGCAGGCGCAGGGUCUGGUGCAGGAGCAGUAUCAGGUGUUGCUUCUGGAAAAGGUCAAGGAAGUGGCGCAGGAUCAGGUGCAGGUGCUGGUUCUGGACAAGGUCAAGGAAAUGGCGGAGGAUCAGGUUAUGGACAAGGAUCUGGUGCAGGCGCAGGUGCAGGUGCUGGUUCUGGACAAGGUCAAGGAAGUGGCGCAGGAUCAGGUGCAGGCGCAGGAUCAGGUGCUGGUUUUGGAUAUGGUCAAGGAAAUGGAGGAGGAUCAGGUGCAGGCGCAGGGUCUGGUGCAGGAGCAGGAUCAGGUGUUGCUUCUGGAAAAGGUCAAGGAAGUGGCGCAGGAUCAGGUGCAGGUGCUGGUUCUGGACAAGGUCAAGGAAAUGGCGGAGGAUCAGGUUAUGGACAAGGAUCAGGUUAUGGACAAGGAUCUGGUGCAGGCGCAGGUGCAGGUGCUGGUUUUGGACAAGGUCAAGGAAGUGGCGCAGGAUCAGGUGCAGGCGCAGGAUCAGGUGCUGGUUUUGGAUAUGGUCAAGGAAAUGGCGGAGGAUCAGGUUAUGGACAAGGAUCAGGUUAUGGACAAGGAUCAGGUGCAGGCGCAGGAUCUGGCGCAGGAACAGGUGCAGGUGCUGGUUCUGGACAAGGUCAAGGAAGUGGCGCAGGAUCAGGUGCAGGCGCAGGUGCUGGUUUUGGAUAUGGUCAAGGAAGUGGCACAGGAUCAGGUGCAGGCGCAGGUGCAGGUGCUGGUUCUGGACAAGGUCAAGGAAGUGGCUCAGGAUCAGGUGCAGGCGCAGGUGCAGGUGCUGGUUCUGGAUAUGGUCAAGGAAAUGGAGGAGGAUCAGGUGCAGGCGCAGGGUCUGGUGCAGGAGCAGGAUCAGGUGUUGCUUCUGGAAAAGGUCAAGGAAGUGGCGCAGGAUCAGGUGCAGGUGCUGGUUCUGGACAAGGUCAAGGAAAUGGCGGAGGAUCAGGUUAUGGACAAGGAUCAGUUUAUGGACAAGGAUCAGGUGCAGGCGUAGGAUCUGGUGCAGGCGCAGGUGCAGGUGCUGGUUCUGGACAAGGUCAAGGAAGUGGCGCAGGAUCAGGUGCAGGCGCAGGAUCAGGUGCUGGUUUUGGAUAUGGUCAAGGAAAUGGCGGAGGAUCAGGUUAUGGACAAGGAUCAGGUGCAGGCGCAGGAUCUGGCGCAGGAACAGGUGCAGGUGCUGGUUCUGGACAAGGUCAAGGAAGUGGCGCAGGAUCUGGCGCAGGAACAGGUGCAGGUGCUGGUUCUGGACAAGGUCAAGGAAGUGGCGCAGGAUCAGGUGCAGGCGCAGGCGCUGGUUUUGGAUAUGGUCAAGGAAGUGGCACAGGAUCAGGUGCAGGCGCAGGUGCAGGUGCUGGUUCUGGACAAGGUCAAGGAAGUGGCUCAGGAUCAGGUGCAGGCGCAGGUUCUGGACAAGGUCAAGGAAAUGGCGGAGGAUCAGGUUAUGGACAAGGAUCAGGUGCAGGCGUAGGAUCUGGUGCAGGCGCAGGUGCAGGUGCUGGUUCUGGACAAGGUCAAGGAAGUGGCGCAGGAUCAGGUGCAGGCGCAGGUGCUGGUUUUGGAUAUGGUCAAGGAAGUGGCACAGGAUCAGGUACAGGCGCAGGUGCAGGUGCUGGUUCUGGACAAGGUCAAGGAAAUGGCUCAGGAUCAGGUGCAGGUUUUGGAUAUGGUCAAGGAAGUGGCACAGGAUCAGGUACAGGCGCAGGUGCAGGUGUUGCUUCUGGAAAAGGUCAAGGAAGUGGCGCAGGAUCAGGUGCAGGUGCUGGUUCUGGACAAGGUCAAGGAAAUGGCGGAGGAUCAGGUUAUGGACAAGGAUCAGUUUAUGGACAAGGAUCAGGUGCAGGCGUAGGAUCUGGUGCAGGCGCAGGUGCAGGUGCUGGUUCUGGACAAGGUCAAGGAAGUGGCGCAGGAUCAGGUGCAGGCGCAGGAUCAGGUGCUGGUUUUGGAUAUGGUCAAGGAAAUGGCGGAGGAUCAGGUUAUGGACAAGGAUCAGGUGCAGGCGCAGGAUCUGGCGCAGGAACAGGUGCAGGUGCUGGUUCUGGACAAGGUCAAGGAAGUGGCGCAGGAUCUGGCGCAGGAACAGGUGCAGGUGCUGGUUCUGGACAAGGUCAAGGAAGUGGCGCAGGAUCAGGUGCAGGCGCAGGCGCUGGUUUUGGAUAUGGUCAAGGAAGUGGCACAGGAUCAGGUGCAGGCGCAGGUGCAGGUGCUGGUUCUGGACAAGGUCAAGGAAGUGGCUCAGGAUCAGGUGCAGGCGCAGGUUCUGGACAAGGUCAAGGAAAUGGCGGAGGAUCAGGUUAUGGACAAGGAUCAGGUGCAGGCGUAGGAUCUGGUGCAGGCGCAGGUGCAGGUGCUGGUUCUGGACAAGGUCAAGGAAGUGGCGCAGGAUCAGGUGCAGGCGCAGGUGCUGGUUUUGGAUAUGGUCAAGGAAGUGGCACAGGAUCAGGUACAGGCGCAGGUGCAGGUGCUGGUUCUGGACAAGGUCAAGGAAAUGGCUCAGGAUCAGGUGCAGGUUUUGGAUAUGGUCAAGGAAGUGGCACAGGAUCAGGUACAGGCGCAGGUGCAGGUGCUGGUUCUGGACAAGGUCAAGGAAGUGGCUCAGGAUCAGGUGCAGGCGCAGGUGCAGGUGCUGGUUCUGGAUAUGGUCAAGGAAAUGGAGGAGGAUCAGGUGCUGGCGCAGGGUCUGGUGCAGGAGCAGGAUCAGGUGUUGCUUCUGGAAAAGGUCAAGGAAGUGGCGCAGGAUCAGGUGCAGGUGCUGGUUCUGGACAAGGUCAAGGAAAAGGCGGAGGAUCAGGUUAUGGACAAGGAUCAGGUUAUGGACAAGGAUCAGGUGCAGGCGUAGGAUCUGGUGCAGGCGCAGGUGCUGGUUCUGGACAAGGUCAAGGAAGUGGCGCAGGAUCAGGUGCUGGUUUUGGAUAUGGUCAAGGAAAUGGCGGAGGAUCAGGUUAUGGACAAGGAUCAGGUGCAGGCGUAGGAUAUGGUGCAGGUGCAGGUGCUGGUUCUGGACAAGGUCAAGGAAGUGGCGCAGGAUCAGGUGCAGGCGCAGGAUCAGGUGCUGGUUUUGGAUAUGGUCAAGGAAAUGGCGGAGGAUCUGGUUAUGGACAAGGAUCUGGUGCAGGCGCAGGUGCAGGUGCUGGUUCUGGACAAGGUCAAGGAAGUGGCGCAGGAUCAGGUGCUGGUUUUGGAUAUGGUCAAGGAAAUGGCGGAGGAUCAGGUUAUGAACAAGGAUCAGGUGCAGGCGUAGGAUCUGGUGCAGGCGCAGGUGCAGGUGCUGGUUCUGGACAAGGUCAAGGAAGUGGCGCAGGAUCAGGUGCAGGCGCAGGAUCAGGUGCUGGUUUUGGAUAUGGUCAAGGAAAUGGCGGAGGAUCAGGUUAUGGACAAGGAUCAGGUGCAGGCACAGGAUCUGGUGCAGGAGCAGGAUCAGGUGCUGGUUUUGGAUAUGGUCAAGGAAGUGGCACAGGAUCAGGUGCAGGCGCAGGUGCUGGUUCUGGACAAGGUCAAGGAAGUGGCACAGGAUCAGGUGCAGGCGCAGGAUCAGGUGCAGGUGCUGGUUCUGGACAAGGUCAAGGAAGUGGCGCAGGAUCAGGUGCAGGAUCAGGUGCAGGUGCUGGUUCUGGACAAGGUCAAGGAAAUGGCGGAGGAUCAGGUUAUGGACAAGGAUCAAGUGCAGGCGUAGGAUCUGGUGCAGGCGCAGGAUCAGGUGCUGGUUUUGGAUAUGGUCAAGGAAAUGGCGGAGGAUCAGGUUAUGGACAAGGAUCAGGUGCAGGCACAGGAUCUGGUGCAGGCGCAGGAUCAGGUGCUGGUUUUGGAUAUGGUCAAGGAAAUGGCGGAGGAUCAGGUUAUGGACAAGGAUCAGGUGCAGGCACAGGAUCUGGUGCAGGAGCAGGAUCAGGUUCUGGUUUUGGAUAUGGUCAAGGAAGUGGCACAGGAUCAGGUGCAGGCGCAGGUGCUGGUUCUGGAGAAGGUCAAGGAAGUGGCACAGGAUCAGGUGCAGGUGCUGGUUCUGGACAAGGUCAAGGAAGUGGCGCAGGAUCAGGUGCAGGCGCAGGAUCAGGUGCUGGUUUUGGAUAUGGUCAAGGAAAUGGCGGAGGAUCAGGUUAUGGACAAGGAUCAGGUUAUGGACAAGGAUCAGGUGCAGGCGUAGGAUCUGGUGCAGGCGCAGGUGCAGGUGCUGGUUCUGGACAAGGUCAAGGAAGUGGCGCAGGAUCAGGUGCAGGCGCAGGAUCAGGUGCUGGUUUUGGAUAUGGACAAGGAUCAGGUGCAGGCGCAGGAUCUGGUGCAGGAACAGAACUAGAAUUGCCGUAG